CCCCUUCGGCCGCCCGCUUUUGGACGCCUGAGGCCCGCGCAGAGUUCGGGUGGUUCUGCGUUUGCUGCGGCGGGGCGCGCGCGCAGGGAUGGGGGUCACGGUGGACGUGCACCAGGUGUACAAGUACCCCUUCGAGCAGGUGGUCGCCAGCUUCCUCCGAAAGUAUCCCAACCCCAUGGAUAAAAAUGUUAUCUCUGUGAUAACUAUAGAGGAAAAAAGAGAUGUGUCAACAGGGAUCAUCUAUAGAAAGAGGAUUGCAAUCUGUCGGAAUGUGGUUCCAGAGAUUUUAAGGAAGGUGAGCAUUUUAAAAGUACCCAGUAUCCAGUUGGAAGAGGAAUCAUGGCUCAAUCCUCGGGAAAGAAACAUGGCUAUACAGAGUCACUGCCUAACGUGGACACGGUAUGCAUCCAUGAAGGAGGAGUCUGUCUUCCGGGAAAGUAUGGAAAAUCCGAAUUGGACAGAAUUCAUUCAAAGAGGCAGGAUUUCAAUCACAGGGGCUGGCUUUCUCAACUGUAUUUUGGAAACUUUUGCCAGCACAUUCUUAAGACAGGGAGCCCAGAAGGGAAUUAGAAUAAUGGAGAUGCUGCUAAAGGAACAAUGUGGUGCCCCCUCAGCUGAAUAAAGAACUGUCAGGAGGCUGUGCUGUGUCUACUUUUGCUCGAGAAUCACUUCUUGGACACAACACAUCAAAGACACAGUUUUUGAAAUACGGGUUUUAUGGAUGCGGCAUCGGUGUCGGCACCUUAAAGAGGAGGAGACCUUCCUGCCAGAACAUGAAAUGAUACACUCUCCUCGGACCCAGUGUCAAAUAGCAGCACUCGUUGGCUGAGACUUUCUAGUUGGAUUUUUAUGGCACAGUCUCUUUACGAUUUUACAAGUAAAGGGAAAACCCGGAGAAGGUGAUGUCGCCCUUCUUCAGGGCAUCCUGCUGAUUGCCUGGUGAUGGUAUCAAGGCAGCUGAGGACGGGCCUGGAGAGCGGUGCUUGUGCCUUCAUGUGACCUGCAAAAUCGCUCUUAGGAUUCAUGAGCAGAUUCUGGGACAAAUAAAGGAGUCAAACCAGAUACCUGAUUAACAGGUGGCCUGGGACAGAUAGGAAUGUACCAGACCUAAGUUGCAGCUAAGCCUUAUUGGUAAUACUUUUUAAGAUUCUUAGGAAUCAGGAACAUUUGAUUUCUACCCAUAAGUACUAUAUAAUUGCCAUCAGUAUAGCUUUUAUAAUGUAAUGUGUGGACUGUGGUUUGGUCAUGUGAGAAAACAUGGGCUAGAGAGUGGGAAGGCAGGUUAUAAGCGUGGCUCCUGCUAACUCGUUCUGAGAUAUGCAGCAGAUCAUAACCUCUGUUUUCCACUGGGCAAAUGGGGAUAAUCGGGCAUGGAUCUUUCUACCGGUAGGUUGUGAUGAUUUUAAACAGGGUGUAGUUUAGUAUGGGAAGCCUAGGUUUUGGAUCAAACAGAUAGACUUGGGUUUGAAUCUAAGCACUGCCAUUUACCACCUCACCGAUACAGAAUUUUAAAUCUUUCCGAAGCUCAUUUUUUCAAGUCUGGAAAAUGGAAUGGUAGAAUUAACUUUGUGAGGUUGUUGGACCGAUUUUGGAUCAUGUAUAUAUAAAGAGCCUAGCAUUCCUGGUGAUAGUAGAAGUCCAGUAAAUAGAAGCCAUUAUUAUUAUGUGAAACCAUUUUGAAAACGUAUUUUUUUAAUGUAACAUAAGGUAGUAUUGCUAUUUGAAAAUUAGAUGACAGCAGUUUGCAUUUCCCAUGAUCGGAAGCCAAAAUGUAAAUGCAUGCUAGCUAACAGAGAGCUUGAAGAGAGACAAUAAUUUGGAGUUCAUCUUAAGAUAAAAUUUGGGCCAUUACUGGAAAAUCUUAGAGAAUUUUAUUUUUAAUAUUUGUAAAAAUUUCCACUUAGUGCAUUGAUGAAUUUCAAAGCAAUUGUAUUGUAUUUUAUUUUUUUAAUACAAGCAUGCCACUGUGAGCCUCUUAUUGUAUUUGA